AGAGCACACAAACUAUCCGGGACCUAAUACAGCUUGUAGAAUUGCAUCAGCAAGAAGAAUUACAUAUUGAUUUAGAUACUUGCACACUAUCUUUUUGACUUUUGAUGCAACUUAAAAGUUGAUCAACUGUGUUCUUAGUUUUGCAACAUUUUGAAUCAGAUUGUGUGGUAUUUGUUCAGAUUUGUUUUGUUCAGCGAAGAAAAGUUCUAUACUACUAGUAAAUUCACAUAAAUUGGGAGUGAAUAGUACUAAAAAGAAAUUAGAAUAAUUAUUAAAAAUUAGCUUAACAGAAAUGUAACAUCAAAAUUUAAAUAUUUAUAAUUUCAGAAGUUGUAAAUUGGUACAAGUAUAAAAACUGAAUGAACUGUAUCUGCAACUGCCAAAGAAGGAUCUCUUUUGAAAAUUGCUUCUUUUUCCUGGUUAUCUAUAUCUCCAUUAUUUCACAACUGGUUCUGUAUGUGGGAGCUUUUUGACAAUACUUUUGAUUUGGAUGGCUUCACUUUCAAGAGGGUUUUAGGCAUUCUAUAAGAAUAAGACAAUCUGGAUUUACUUCUACUUGCUGGAGUUUCAUCGCCAAUUUGGAAUGACGUUAAAGGCUAGUUUAGUUCAAAAGAUAGGUAAUGCAAUUAAGGAAGUGGCCAGGAAUAAAGGCUCAACAUGGUGGUACACACCUCAUAUGGCUGCAGCAUCUCGUUCCAUAGCUGAACGAAUCCCGUUGGUUGAUCUUGUCCUUGAAGUCAGAGAUGCGCGGAUUCCUUUAUCAUCAAAAUGUGAGCUAAUUAAGAAUUUGUCACCUUCCUCGAGGCGCAUUAUAAUUCUGAACAAGACAGAUUUAGCAAAUCACAUUCAAUUAAAGGAAUGGCUGAAAUACUUUGAGCAACAAAAGUGUCUUGUAUUUGGAGUCAAUUCCCAUAAUAAAGAUAAAAUCAAAGAGUUACUGAACUUUCUGCGAGCUAGAGUUCGAGAAUUGCCAAAGACUGGUCAUGGUGAUAAGACAAUCACAUUAAUGCUUGUUGGCAUUCCUAAUGUUGGCAAGUCUGCCCUUGCCAACUCAUUGCAUCAAAUUGGAAGGAUCAGUGCAGCGGAGAAAGGAAGAUUAAAGCAUGCCGUAGUGAGUCCUGAUCCCGGAGAAACAAAAAAUAUUAGUGGCUUGAAGAUCGCCAGCCAUCCUAGUAUUUAUGUGUUAGACACACCUGGUGUUUUGCCGGCUGAGAUUCUUGAUGCAGAGGUGUGCUCCAAUCUAGCUUUAACAGGUGCAAUUAAAGAUUGCUUGGUUGGGGAAGUGGAGCUUGCGGAAUAUUUUCUAUCCAUCUUUAACUUGAGUGAUGAAUACAAGAAAUGGGCCAAGUUGUCAUUAUCAGGUGCUGAUGAUAGUUCUGAGUUGGAGAGAAGACAAAAGAGACAAUAUUUAACAGAUCACACACAGGAUUUCAUUGUGAACAAAGUCCGAAGAAUGCUCUUCGAAGUAGUUUCAUCUUUCAAUUGCAAUCUAGAGGAUGAGGAGAUCAUGCUGCAGCUUAUCAAAGCAGAGUUUGCUGUUCUUCGCGAUGCUUUUAAUUUACCUCCUGAUUCGGAUGAUUAUGUUCGUAAAGUGGCUGCUAAAUUGCUUAAUCUGUAUCGUACUGGAAGGCUUGGUCAUUAUACUCUGGACCUUGUCCAAGUAAUAACUAAGGAAGUCUAAUAGGUAAUAGCCUCAAUUUUGAGUUGUCUAAAUGAAAAGACGGCAAUUUUAGGGGGCUGUCUAUGUAGUCGACUAUGAUGGAAAUGUCGUUAUGACACACAGCAUAUUUUAUUUUUCCAAGUUAAGAUUGCAGUUC